AUGUCCAACGAACAUUGGGAAGAAAUCAGUGAAUGGGACAUUGAAGAAGACAUUGACCUGGCUCAACGUAUUACUGUUCACGCCGUUCACUCUAUAAGUGAAUGUGGAGAUGAUGAUGAAUAUCAACUUAUACAAGCACAUAAACAUCCUACGUAUGCUGCUGCUGCUAAAUGGGGCCGUAAAUCUUCUAGCAACGAAAAACCUUCUAAAAAUAAUAAUGAAACUAAUAGAAUUUCACAAGAGAAAAAGAAACCUUCCAACCCUCCAAAAGUUGUUAAUAACGAUGAUGCGGAUCCCAUACUAAAAGGUGAUCAUGACGUAGACUAUGACGAUUCAAUAGGUUCCGCCGAACCAUCAAAUCGUAAAGAAAUUCGUCGUAACAAUACUAAACUUCAUCGAAUCCAUUCCCAAAAAUUAAUGUCUUCUUUGAUUUCCAAUGCUGAAUUAGAAAGUAAUCAAGAUUUAGUUAAAGGUGAUACUAAUAGAGAUCCUGAAUUCAAAAAAUACAAAUUAUUAAAGAAAACCAUGGCCUUAAACAAGAAAUCUAAGAAUGAUAGAAAAGGCAUAGAAAAAUUACGUGUUGAAGUUUGGUGA